AUGGCUGAUGUAGCCAAAGGCGCGAGCGGUCCCGAGACGAACCCUCGCGGUAUUCCCGUUGCGCCCUUUAUAGAUCGGGUUGAGGACUAUGUCACAGACCGCGCAGAUGUCGAGAAGACCAUCAACAACUUCAAGGAGAUGAUCUCGAAGUACCAGUUCAUGCAGCAAAACACUCAACGGCGAGCUGCGGGCCUCAAGGACAAGAUCCCUGAUAUCCAAAAGACGUUAGAGACUGUGCGGUUCCUCAAGUCACGGAAAGACGAUGCGGAGCCCCUCGAAACUACCUUCGAACUAAACGACACACUCUACGCCAAAGCUGAAGUGCCUCCCACCGACGAAGUCUACCUCUGGCUCGGCGCCAAUGUUAUGCUCGCAUACCCCAUACCCGAAGCCGAAGAACUGCUGCAAUCGAAGCUGUCGACCGCGAAACAAAGUUUGAGUACAUGCGAAGAGGAUUUGGACUUCCUACGUGAGCAGAUUACGACACUCGAAGUCGCAUUCGCACGGGUUUACAACUGGGACGUCGCACAGCGGAGAAAGGAAAGGGAAGGAGAGGAAAAGAAGUGA